CACUAAGAAAAAGAGCUUUAGUUACAAUUAAAAAAAAAUAAUAAAAGAGGUCAAAUGUUUCUUUUGUCAUGACAUUCAUCACAUUCACACUCUUGCAGUGUCUUCACCUGCUCUUCCAAACGUUGACCUCAGUGCUUUCAGAGCCAGACUGAUCUCUGGAUUCAGAGGGUUUCACAAUGUGGAGCUUAUGGCAAAGAUCACAGAGCUUCUCUGUAAAGACCCUCGGUUCAAUAGUACUGAACCUGAAACUUCUGAAAAUGUGGCCUACUUCCUUUACAACUUGAUUGAUUCCAUGAACGAGACUGAGGUGCACUCCAAAGAAGAGCAGCUUAGGGAGUACUUUGGCCUGCUCAAGAACAUGAAUAUCAGCAUCUCGCUGAACAUAUUCAGAGGAAUCCGGAACAUUCUGGAGUCCUACCAAGUUCCAGAGCUUGUCAAGGAUGUCCUUGCUCUUGUGGAUAAAAAGGACAAUGGGUUGGAGAAUGAAGCAACACUGCUUAGAAGGCACACAUACACAAUGAGAUGA